GUGACACAUCUGUUGAGGAACCCCAAACUCCUGCUGCUCUUCCCUCAGCCUCCUUCAGGACGGAGAGCAGGACAGGUGCAAAGGCUCAAGAAAUCAGCCUCAAGCCACCCUCCCUGCUCCCCCAGGCCCCUGAAUGAUAUCCACCAGAGACCCCUUGGUCCCCAGCCUUGUCCUCUUGGUGCUGCUGGGGGUAGCAGGGGCUGGGCCCUUCCCUCCACGUUCCAAUGGGACAGCCUCAGGAUCACGGCACCCUCCCCGUCCCGGUGGGCGGACAGCAGGUCCUGGAGGAGGAGGAUCAUCCCCUAAGCUCUAUGAACAUACAGUAGAAGGAGGUGAAAAGCAAGUGGUAUUCACACACAGAAUCAACCUGCCUUCUUCAGCCAACUGUGGCUGCCCCCCAGGUGCUGAACCUCCUGCCCCUGCCUCUGAGGUGCAGGCCUUGAGAGUGAAACUUGAAGCCCUCGAAGAACUGGUGAAGGGUCUCAAGGAACAAUGCAAUGGGGGGUGCUGCCCUGCUGCUGCCCAGGCUGGAACAGGGCAGACGGAUGUGAGGAGCCUAUGUAGCCGCCAUGGUGUGUUUGACCUGAGUCGCUGUGCCUGUUCUUGUGAGCCAGGCUGGAAUGGUCCCACCUGCUCCCAUCCCACAAGCCCUUCUUCAACAACCUUACUUUGCCCCGAUGAUUGCAACGACCAGGGUCGCUGUGUGGAGGGCCGUUGUGUCUGCUUCUCAGGCUAUACUGGACCCUCUUGCAGUUGGCCCGCCUGUCCAGGAGACUGCCAGGGCCGGGGCCGAUGUGUCCAGGGUGUAUGUGUGUGCAGGGCUGGCUUUACUGGUGAAGAUUGUGGGACCCGGGCCUGCCCCAAGGGCUGUAGCCAAAGGGGCCAAUGUAAGGAUGGGAAGUGUGUGUGUGAUCCUGGGUACAGUGGAGAGGACUGUGGGGUGAGAAGCUGCCCCCGGGGCUGCAACCAGAAAGGCAGGUGUGAGGAUGGGAAGUGUGUGUGUGACCCUGGGUACAGUGGAGAAGACUGUGGGAUGAGAAGCUGCCCCCGGGGCUGCAACCAGAGAGGCAGAUGUGAGAAUGGGAAGUGUGUGUGUGACCCAGGAUACAGUGGAGAAGACUGUGGAGUUCAGAGCUGCCCUUGGGACUGCGGUGACGGUGGGCGCUGUGUGGGCGGGCGCUGUGUAUGCUGGCCAGGGUACUCGGGGGAGGACUGUAGUGUCCGGACUUGUCCUCGUGACUGCCAUGGCCGGGGUCAUUGUGAGGAUGGGGAAUGCAUUUGUGAACCUGGGUACAGUGGUGAUGACUGUGGGGUACGGAGCUGUCCCCAGAACUGCAACCAGCGUGGGCACUGUGAAGACGGGCGCUGCGUCUGUUGGCCAGGUUACACGGGCGAGGACUGUGGGAGCCGAGCCUGCCCUCGGGACUGCCGAAGCCGGGGCCGCUGCGAGAACGGGGCAUGUGUCUGCAAUCCCGGAUACAGUGGUGUAGACUGUGGGAUUCGGAGCUGCCCCGGGGACUGCCGGGGUCGGGGCCGCUGUGAGAACGGCCGCUGCGUGUGCUGGCCUGGCUACACGGGCAAGGACUGUGGGAGCCGAGCCUGCCCGGGGGAUUGUCGAGGCAGGGGCAGGUGCCAGGAUGGACGCUGUGUUUGUGAACCCGGCUACACAGGUGACGACUGCGGGAGCCGCCGGUGCCCGGGUGACUGCAGGGGCCGAGGGCGGUGUGAGGACGGCGUGUGUGUGUGUGACAGGGAUUAUACUGGAGAGGACUGUGGGCGAAGGAGCUGCCCUGGAGACUGCCGGGGCCGCGGGCAGUGCCAGGAUGGCUUCUGUGUUUGCGAUGAUGGCUACACCGGAGAGGACUGUGGGAUAAGGAGCUGCCCCCGGGACUGCAGCCACCACGGGGUCUGCCACGACGGGGCGUGCGCCUGCUGGGACGGCUACGCAGGGGAGGACUGCAGCCUGCGCACCUGCCCUGGGGACUGCAACCGUCGGGGCCGAUGUGAAAAUGGCCGCUGCGUGUGCGACACCGGCUAUACGGGCCCUGCCUGUGGGACCCGCACCUGCCCCGGGGACUGCCGGGGCCGAGGCCGGUGCGUGCAGGGAGUGUGCGUGUGUCACGAAGGCUACGGCGGCGAGGACUGUGGCCAGGAGGAGCCGCUGGCCGGAAGCUGCCCUGGGGGCUGCGGGCCGAGGGAGCUCUGCCGGGCGGGCCAGUGUGUCUGCGUGGAGGGCUUUGAAGGGCCCGACUGUGCCAUCAGGACUUGUCCCGGGAACUGCCGGGGUCGUGGCUCCUGCCGGGAAGGGAGCUGCGUGUGCCACGACGGCUACGCCGGAGAGGACUGUGGGGAGGAAAUACCUCCAAUAACAGGAAUGAGGAUGCAUUUGUUGGAAGAAACAACCGUUCGGACCGAGUGGACUAGGGCUUCAGGACCUGUGGAUGCUUAUGAAAUCCGAUUCACCCCUACAACAGAGGGAACAGGCCACCCAUUCUCUGCUCGAGUCCCCAGCUCGGCUUUAGCCUAUGACCAGAGGGGGCUGUCCCCAGGCCAGGAGUACCAGGUCACCGUCCGUGCCCUACGAGGUUCUAACUGGGGACCUCCUACCUCCCAGACCAUCACCACCAUGAUCGAUGGUCCCCAGGAUCUUCGGGUCACAGCCGUGACUCCCACUACUAUGGAGCUAAGCUGGCUACGUCCUCAGGCUGAAGUGGACCGCUUUGUGGUGUCCUACGUCAGCGCUGGCAACCAGCGGGUACGGCUAGAUGUGCCACCUGACGAAGACAGAACCCUGUUGACUGGGCUAAUGCCUGGUGUGGAGUAUGUGGUGACCGUCACUGCUGAGAGGGGCCGAGCUGUCAGCUAUCCAGCCUCUGUCAGGGCCAACACAGCACCAGCCCACCACAAUUACCAGGACACCCAUCCCCCAGCCCCACCCCCUCGGCCCCCAUCCCGACCCCGACCCCGACCAGGUCCCCGACCUGACCUGGAUCCCCGGCCACCUCGGCCUAAGGAAGAGGAAGAUCCAAAGCCCAGGGAGGUGCCCUUGGGGCUUCCCCCACCACGAUUCCUGCGGAACCUCACAUCAAAACUAGGCCCUUCCUGGGGUUCCGUGCAGGAUGUGGAACGAUACCUACGGGCCUCUGGCUACCCCCUCCGUGGCAACCAGACCUACACCUCAGUGGCCCGCUCCAUCUAUGCCUAUCUGCAACGCCGGGCAACUGGGCUCCCUGCACCCCCAUCAUCACUGUCCCACAAGCCCCACCCCCCUGCCAAUCUGGACCCAGAUAUCAGGAAUCCGAACUCUGCCAAAGACAUCCAUGGCCAUAACCCUGAAGGUGUGGACCAGGUGGAAGGGAGGCACUUCCCCCUCUUACCCUCAUUACUUCCUGGCCCUUCCCCUCGCCACCCCAAACCUGAAGUGCUGGGCAGCUCAGCUGACGGGGCCUUGCUGGUCUCCCUGGAUGGUCUCCGUGGCCAGUUUGAGCAGGUGGUGCUGCGCUGGCAGCCCCUCUCUCCUAUGGAAGGGCCUGGUGGGGAGCUCACAGUACCAGGGGCAACUCGAACCGCUCGCUUACCUGGCCUGAGGCCUGGUACUACCUACCAUGUGGAGGUCCAUGGGGUCCAGGAUGGGCAGGCCUCCAAGUCCUACGCCUUCAUCACCACUACAGGCCCCUUUGGUGCCACAGAUGAGCCUCCUCUUUUGGGGCUGACCCCACCACCGACAACUCAGGGGGCUCAGGCGCCCAUCCUGCAACGCCCAGCUAAUGAGCCUGGGACACUCGGAGAGCUGAAGGUUCUGGAUGUGUCCCCAAACUCUGUCAACCUCUACUGGACCGUUCCUGAGGGCCAGUUUGACUCCUUCUUGGUCCAGUAUAAAGACAAGAAUGGAAAGCCCCAGAAGGUGCCGGUGGAUGGUCGCCAGCACUCUGUCAUCAUCUCCUCUCUAGAUCCUGGCCACAAAUACAAAUUUACCCUUUAUGGGCUUGUGGGCAAGAAGCACCAUGACUCCCUCACCACUGAGGCUAAGACAUUUUCUUUUCCUAGCUCAGGAACUCCACCUCGCCUUGGGGAGAUGUGGGUAACAGACCCCACCUCUCAUUCCCUGCGCCUGUCCUGGACUGUCCCUGAGGGCCAGUUUGAUUCCUUCCUGGUCCAAUAUAAGGACAGGGAUGGGCAAAUCCAGGUGGUUCCUGUGGAGGGCCCUGAGCGUUCCAUCACUGUCUCCCCACUGGAUCCCAGCCAGAGGUACAAAUUCAUCUUGUAUGGACUCGUUGGCAAGAAGCACCACGGUCCCCUCUCUGCCGAGGGAACUACAGCUCCACAAUGGGAAGAGGAGACUCCACUGGCCACUGAGAGCCCCAAGCCUCGCCUGGGAGAGCUGACAGUGACAGAUGUGACUCAGAAUUCCCUGCGUCUCCUCUGGACCAUCCUUGAGGGGAAGUUUGAUUCCUUUGUGGUCCAGUACAAAGACAAGGAUGGACAGCUCCAUGUGGUACCUGUUGAGGUUGGCCAGAAUGAAGUUACCGUCUCUGACCUGCAGCCCUCCCAGAAAUACAAGAUGAACCUCUAUGGGCUUCGAGGCAAACAAAGGGUGGGCCCCGUUUCUGUAAUUGCCACAACAGCCCCAUUACUUGUAGAGCCUCAUCUGGGAGAGGUGACAGUAACAGAUGUGACCCCAGACUCCCUGCACCUCUCUUGGACUGUCACCGAGGGCGAGUUUGACUCCUUUGAGGUUCGGUACAAGGACAGGAAUGGGCAGCCACACGUGGUGUCCACAGAGGGCUUUCAGGAUGAAGUUACUAUAUCUGGUCUAGAGCAUUCCCGAAAGUACAAAUUCCUCCUCUUUGGCAUCAAAGAUAACAAACGCCAUGGACCCAUCUCUGUUGAAGCAAAGACUGAGAGCCCAGCAGCUUCAGGCAUCACAGAUACUCAACCCCCUCCGAAGCCUCACCUGGGGGAGAGACUGACAGCAGUGCCUGUGGCCGAAGGUGCCGUCCACUUAUCGUGGACCGUCCAGCAGGGAUCCUUUGACUCCUUUGUGGUCCAAUACAAAGACAAAGAUGGGCAGCCUCAUGUGGUGCCUGUGGAAGGGGACCGGAAUGAAGUUGUGGUUUCUGGCCUGGAGCCUUCUCGUAAAUACAAGAUGCUCCUCUAUGGACUCUACUUGGGGAAGCUGCUGGGUCCGGUCUCAACUAUUGUUAUGACAGGACCACGAGAGGAAGAAACUCCAGUCCCCACAUCCCCAGUCACUGAUGCCCCUCAGUUACCUGCUAAACCCCACCUAGGAGAGCUAAUGGUGACAAAUGCCACCCCAGACUCUCUGCACCUCUCUUGGACCAUUCCAGAAGGCCACUUCGAAUCCUUUGUGAUCCAAUACAAGAAUGGGGAUGGACAGCCUAAGGUUGUACGUGUUGAGGGUGACAAGAACACAGUCAUCAUCUCGGACCUAGAGCCAGAUCACAAAUACAAGAUGAAUCUCUAUGGUUUCCAUGAUGGACAGCGCGUGGGCCCCAUCUCCAUCACUGGUGCUACUGCACCACAUGAUGGAGUGAAGGAGAUUCCAGCUCCCAAGGUGCCUGCCACUGAGGCCCCUGAAACCUCAAAGAAGCCCCACCUAGGUGACCUGACGGUGACAGGGGCCACCCCAGACUCCCUGAAGCUCUCUUGGACCACCUCUCAGGGAAAGUUUGAUGCUUUCUCAAUCCAGUACAAAGACAGGAAUGGGCGACCCCAGGCUGUGCAUGUUGGAGGUAAUGAGAAUGAGGUCACUGUCUCUGACCUAGAGCCUGACCACAGAUACAAGAUGAAUCUCUAUGGUUUCCAUGAUGGACAGCGUGAGGGUCCAGUCUCUGUCAUUGGUGUAACAGCCCCUGAGGAAGAGACUCCAACUCACCCGGCCUCAACCUCUGAAUCCCCUUUUAAACCUCGCCUGGGAGAACUGACAGUAACAGAUUCAACUCCAGACUCCUUGCACCUCUCUUGGAGUGUCCCAGAGGGUCAGUUUGACUCUUUCAUGAUCCAGUACAAGAAUGGGGAUGGACAACCUAAAGUGAAACGUGUCAGAGGUGACCAGAGUGAGGUCACUAUCUCCGGCCUGGAGCCUGAUCACAAAUACAAGAUGAAUCUCUACGGUUUCCAUAACAGACAGCGCAUAGGCCCUAUCUCUGUUAUUGGCAUAACAGCCCCAGAAAGAGAUGAGGAAAUGACUCCAACCCCUACGGUCCUAACCACUGAACCCCCUCCUAAGCCCCGCCUGGGAGAGCUGAGAGUGAUAGGAGCCACCUCAGAUUCCUUGGACCUCUCCUGGACUGUCCCUGAGGGCCAAUUUGAUUCCUUCGUGAUCCAAUUCAAGAAUGGAGAUGGACAGCCAAAAGCAGUACGCGUUGAGGGACAUGAGGACACAGUUACCAUCUCUGGCCUGGAGCCUGAUCACAAAUACAAGAUGAAUCUUUAUGGCUUUCAUGAUAGACAGCGUGUGGGCCCAAUUUCGACUACUGGUGUAACAGCUCCACAAGAUGUGGAUCAAACCCCUGCCCCCACAGAACCAGCUACUGAGGCCCCUGAGCCCACAGAGAAACCUGAACUUGGGGAGCUGAUAGUGACAAAGGCUACCCCAGACUCCCUCAAGCUGUCCUGGACCAUCUCUCAGGGAGACUUUGAUUCCUUCACAAUCCAGUACAAGGACAGGGAUGGGAGACCCCGGAUUGUGCGUGUUGGGGGAGACCAGAGUGAGGUCACUAUCUCUGAGCUGGAGCCUGACCACAGAUACAAGAUGAAUCUCUAUGGUUUCCAUGAUGGGCAGCGUGAGGGCCCUGUCUCUGUCAUUGGUCUAACAGCCCCACAUGAGGAAGAGACCCCUGCUCCCACAGAACCAGCCACUGAGGCCCCUGAGCCCACAGAGAAGCCUGAACUUGGGGAGUUGACUGUGACAGAGGCCACCCCAGACUCCCUGAAGCUCUCCUGGACCAUCUCCCAAGGAGACUUUGAUUCCUUCACAAUCCAGUACAAGGACAGGGAUGGGAGACCCCAGAUUGUGCGUGUUGGGGGAAACCAGAAUGAGGUCACUAUCUCUGAGCUAGAGCCUGACCACAGAUACAAGAUGAAUCUCUAUGGAUUCCAUGAUGGGCAGCGUGAGGGCCCAGUCUCUGUCACUGGCAAAACUGCCCCACAUGAGGAAGAGACCCCUGCUCCCACAGAACCAGCUACUGAGGCCUCUGAGCCCACAGAGAAGCCUGAACUUGGGGAGCUGGCAGUGACAGAGGCUACCCCAGACUCCCUGAAGCUCUCCUGGACCAUCUCCCAGGGAGACUUUGAUUCCUUCACAAUCCAGUACAAGGACAGGGAUGGGAGACCCCAGAUUGUACGUGUUGGGGGAAACCAGAAUGAGGUCACUAUCUCUGAGCUGGAGCCUGACCACAUAUACAAGAUGAAUCUCUAUGGUUACCAUGAUGGGCAGCGUGUGGGCCCAGUCUCUGUCACUGGCAAAACUGCCCCACAUGAGGAAGAGACCCCUGCUCCCACAGAACCAGCCACUGAGGCCCCUGAACCCACAGAGAAGCCUGAACUUGGGGAGUUGACUGUGACAGAGGCCACCCCAGACUCCCUGAAACUCUCCUGGACCAUCUCCCAGGGAGACUUUGAUUCCUUCACAAUCCAGUACAAGGACAGGGAUGGGAGACCCCAGAUUGUGCGUGUUGGGGGAGACCAGAAUGAGGUCACUAUCUCUGAGCUAGAGCCUGACCACAGAUACAAGAUGAAUCUCUAUGGUUUCCAUGAUGGGCAGCGUGAGGGCCCAGUCUCUGUCACUGGCAAAACUGCCCCACAUGAAGAAGAGACCCCUGCUCCCACAGAACCAGCCACUGAGGCCCCUGAACCCACAGAGAAGCCUGAACUUGGGGAGUUGACUGUGACAGAGGCCACCCCAGACUCCCUGAAGCUCUCCUGGACCAUCUCCCAGGGAGACUUUGAUUCCUUCACAAUCCAGUACAAGGACAGGGAUGGGAGACCCCAGAUUGUGCGUGUUGGGGGAGACCAGAAUGAGGUCACUAUCUCUGAGCUGGAGCCUGACCACAGAUACAAGAUGAAUCUCUAUGGAUUCCAUGAUGGGCAGCGUGAGGGCCCAGUCUCUGUCACUGGCAAAACUGCCCCACAUGAGGAAGAGACCCUUGCUCCCACAGAACCAGCCACUGAGGCCCCUGAACCCACAGAGAAGCCUGAACUUGGGGAACUGACAGUGACAGAGGCCACCCCAGACUCCCUGAAACUUUCUUGGACCAUCUCCCAGGGAGACUUUGAUUCCUUCACAAUCCAGUACAAGGACAGUGAUGGGAGACCCCAGAUUGUGCAUGUUGGGGGAGACCAGAAUGAGGUCACUAUCUCUGAGCUGGAGCCUGACCACAGAUACAAGAUGAAUCUCUAUGGUUUCCAUGAUGGGCAACGUGAGGGCCCAGUCUCUGUCACUGGCAAAACUGCCCCACAUGAGGAAGAGACCCCUGCUCCCACAGAACCAGCCACUGAGGCUCCUGAGCCCACAGAGAAGCCUGAACUUGGGGAACUGACAGUGACAGAGGCCACCCCAGACUCCCUGAAGCUCUCCUGGACCAUCUCCCAGGGAGACUUUGAUUCCUUCACAAUCCAGUACAAGGACAGGGAUGGGAGACCCCAGAUUGUGCGUGUUGGGGGAGACCAGAAUGAGGUCACUAUCUCUGAGUUGGAGCCUGACCACAGAUACAAGAUGAAUCUCUAUGGUUUCCAUGAUGGGCAACGUGAGGGCCCAGUCUCUGUCACUGGCAAAACUGCCCCACAUGAAGAAGAGACCCCUGCUCCCACAGAACCAGCCACUGAGGCCCCUGAGCCCACAGAGAAGCCUGAACUUGGGGAGCUGACAGUGACAGAGGCCACCCCAGACUCCCUGAAACUCUCCUGGACCAUCUCUCAAGGAGACUUUGAUUCCUUCACAAUCCAGUACAAGGACAGGGAUGGGAGACCCCAGAUUGUGCAUGUUGGGGGAGACCAGAAUGAGGUCACUAUCUCUGAGCUGGAGCCUGACCACAGAUACAAGAUGAAUCUCUAUGGUUUCCAUGAUGGGCAACGUGAGGGCCCAGUCUCUGUCACUGGCAAAACUGCCCCACAUGAAGAAGAGACCCCUGCUCCCACAGAACCAGCCACUGAGGCUCCUGAGCCCACAGAGAAGCCUGAACUUGGGGAGCUGACUGUGACAGAGGCCACCCCAGACUCCCUGAAGCUGUCCUGGACCAUCUCCCAAGGAGACUUUGAUUCCUUCACAAUCCAGUACAAGGACAGGGAUGGGAGACCCCAGAUUGUGCGUGUUGGGGGAGACCAGAAUGAGGUCACUAUCUCUGAGCUGGAGCCUGACCACAGAUACAAGAUGAAUCUCUAUGGAUUCCAUGAUGGGCAGCGUGAGGGCCCAGUCUCUGUCACUGGCAAAACUGCCCCACAUGAAGAAGGGACCCCUGCUCCCACAGAACCAGCCACUGAGGCUCCUGAGCCCACAGAGAAGCCUGAACUUGGGGAGUUGACAGUGACAGAGGCCACCCCAGACUCCCUGAAGCUCUCCUGGACCAUCUCCCAAGGAGACUUUGAUUCCUUCACAAUCCAGUACAAGGACAGGGCUGGGAGACCCCAGAUUGUGCGUGUUGGGGGAGACCAGAAUGAGGUCACUAUCUCUGAGCUGGAGCCUGACCACAGAUACAAGAUGAAUCUCUAUGGUUUCCAUGAUGGGCAGCGUGUGGGCCCAGUCUCUGUCACUGGCAAAACUGAGGAAGUAGUAGAGGAGACCCCAACCCCCACAAUCCCAGCUACACAGCCUCCAGAACCCACCAAAGAGCUCCUCUUGGGUCAGCUGACAGUGACAGAGGCCAGCCCAGAUUCUCUUCGACUCUCCUGGACUAUUAUCCAGGGAGAUUUUGACUCCUUUGCAAUUCAGUACAAGGACAGAGAUGGUCGACCCCAGAUAGUUCGCAUUGAGGGUGACAAGGAUGAAGUCACAAUUUCUGGCUUGGAGCCUAAUCACAAAUAUAAGAUGAAUCUCUAUGGUUUCCAAGACAAACAGCGUGUGGGCCCUAUUUCCACCAUAGGUAUGAUAGUCCUAGGAGAAAAGACUCCAUCCCCCACUGUCUUGGUUAAACCCCAGCUGGGGGAGCUGACAGUGACGGAGAUCACCUCAGACUCUCUGCGCCUCUCCUGGACUGUGACUGAGGGCCCGUUUGACAGUUUCAUGGUGCAAUACAAGAAUGGGGAUGGACAACCUAAGGUGGUUCGCACCGGGGGCAAACAAAAGGAAGUCAUCCUCUCUGGCCUGGACCCUAACCACAAGUACAAGUUGAAUCUUUUUGGUUUUCACGAAGGCCAUCGUGUGGGGCCCAUCUCCACCAUUGCUGUGACAGCUCCUGAAGCUACUGAGCCCCCAGCAGAGCCCUACCUAGGAGACCUGACCGUGACUGAUGUAAGCCAGGACUCCUUGCACCUCACCUGGAACGUCCUUCAGGGUCCCUUCGACUCCUUUGUGAUCCAGUACAAAGAUAGAGAUGGGCGACCUCAGGUAGUUCCAGUAGCAGGUGAUCAGAAUGGGGUCACUGUCUCAGGCCUGGAGCCCUCCCGGAAAUACAAGUUCCUGCUCUUUGGACUUCACAAUGGGAAACGCAGUGCCCCCAUCUCUGCGGAUGCCAAGACCCUCGCAGCAGUGAAACCAUCUCCCCUCUUAGGGGAGAUAACAGUGACAGAUCCAACCCCAGACUCUUUGCACCUCUCCUGGACCAUCGUUCAAGGUCCCUUUGACUCUUUUGUGGUCCAGUACAAGGACAAGGAUGGGCAGCCCCAGAUGGUGCCUGUAGGAAAAGAUGAGAGAGAGAUCACUAUCUCUGGCUUAGAACCCAACCGGAAGUACAAGUUCCUGCUCUAUGGACUCUUUGGCAAGAAACGAGUUGGCCCUAUCUCUGCAGAUGGUACCACAGCCCAAGAAGAAGAGGCUGUGACUUCUUUGGCACCAGCUACUGAAGCCCCUGAACCUCCUUUGGGACCCCGCCUAGGAACAUUGAAAGUGACUGAUGUUGCCCCAGAUUCCUUGGGUCUUUCCUGGACAGUGCUACAGGAUCCCUUUAACUCCUUUGUGAUCCAGUAUAAAGAUAAGGAUGGGAAGUCUCAGGCAGUGCUCGUGAGGGGAGACCAGAAAAAGAUCACUAUCUCUGACCUGGAGCCCAAUUGGAAGUACACAUUUCUCCUUUAUGGACUCUAUGAUGGGAAGCGUCUAGGCCCCAUCACUACAGAAGGCACUACAGGGCUGGCUCCAGCUACACAGUCCCCUGGGGGCCGCCUGUCCCAGCUGUCUGUGUCAGAUGUGACCCAAAGUUCCUUCCGGCUGAAUUGGGAGGCCCCACCUGGUGCCUUUGACUCAUUUCUACUUCGUUAUGGGAUCCCGGAGGUCAAGCCUUCGGAGCCACUGUACCCCCCUGUGCUACAACGAGAGUUGACUGUGCCUGGGAUCCAACGUUCGGCAGUUCUUCGUGACUUAAGGCCUGGAACCCUCUAUGCAGUAACACUUUAUGGCCUUCGUGGUCCCCACAAGGCUGAUAGCCUCCAGGGCACUGCUAGAACACUCAGUCCAGUACUAGAGAGCCCCCGAGACCUCAAGUUCAGUGAGAUCCAAGAGAAUUCAGCCAAGGUCAGUUGGACUCCACCCCCGAACCGAGUGGAUAGUUUCAAAAUCUCCUACCAGCUAGCAGAUGGAGGGGAGCCACAAAGUGUACAAGUGGACAGCCACACCUGGCACCAACGCCUGGUGGGUCUGACCCCUGGGGCCCGAUAUGAAGUGACUGUGGUUUCUGUUCGUGGCUUUGAGGAGAGUGAGCCCCUCACCGGCUUUCUCACAACUGUCCCCGAUGGUCCCACCCAGCUUCGAGCAUUGAAUGUCACCGAUGAUUCAGCCUUGCUGCACUGGAGUCCCCCUCAGGCCCCAGUGGACAGAUAUGCCCUUCGGGUCACAGCCCCAGAGGUUCCGCCUGUGAUGGCCUCAGUUCCAGGAGGUGCUAUAGACUUCCCCCUUCAUAAUCUUCAACUCCGGAAAAACUACACUGCAACCCUUAGAGGCUUCCGGGGCCCGAACAUCACCUCCCCUGCCAGCAUCACCUUCACCACUGGACUGGAUGCCCCCCGUGACCUGAAGGCCAAAGAGGUCACCCCCCGCUCUACCUUACUCACCUGGACGGAGCCUGAGUCCCCACCUAGUGGCUACUUACUUAGCUACGACACUCCUGGAGGGCAGACUCAGGAGAUUCUGCUGCCAGGAGGGGUCACAUCUCACCGACUGUCUGGCCUUUUCCCUUCCACUCUGUAUAAUGCUCGGAUCCAGGCUGUUUGGGGGGAAAGUCUCACACCACCUGUGCUGACCACCUUUACCACGGGUGGACUGAGGAUCCCAUUCCCCCGGGAUUGUGGAGAAGAGAUGCAAAAUGGGCAAAGCCGCUCCCGUACUACCACCAUCUUCCUCAAUGGAAACCGUGAGCGGCCACUAGAAGUUUUCUGUGACAUGGAGACCGAUGGGGGUGGCUGGUUGGUGUUCCAGCGCAGGAUGGAUGGACACACAGACUUCUGGAGGGACUGGGCAGAAUAUGCCAAUGGAUUUGGGAACAUCUCUGGGGAGUUUUGGCUGGGGAAUGAGGCCCUGCAUAACCUGACCCGAGCGGGUGAUUACUCCAUGAGAGUGGAUCUCCGUGCUGGGGAUGAGUCUGUCUUUGCUGAAUAUGACUUCUUCACUGUGGACUCUGCUGCAAAGUACUACCGUCUCCACCUAGAGGGUUACCAUGGUACUGCAGGAGACUCCAUGAGUUAUCACAGUGGCAGUACCUUCUCCACAAGGGACCGAGACCCCAACAAUCUGCAUAUUCCUUGUGCCGUCUCCUAUCGGGGCGGUUGGUGGUACCGCAACUGUCACUAUGCCAACCUCAAUGGACUCUAUGGAAGCGUCAUUGACCAUCAGGGUGUGAGCUGGCAUUCCUGGAAGGGCUUUGAAUUCUCCAUCCCCUUCACUGAGAUGAAGCUGAGGCCACGAAGUUAUAACUCACCUGCCCAGAGGGCUUGAUCCCCAUCUUCUGCCCUCUAAUCCUGAGAUACAAAAAGGAAGACUCCCUGCCCUAGGGGCCCCCCAGAGUGUCCAGCUGCUGCCCCUUACAGGCUUAUUUCAGAGAAGAGCCAGGACCCUUAUUUUCACACCAUCCUCCUUUUCCCCAAAGAGUCAGAGUCAUUCUUUGGAUUGGUAGAAAAUAACUGAAGAGGGGGAUUGAUGUGAUCCUUCUAUUCACAUUACUUUCUACAUUUAGUAACAGUUGCCUCUGAGUGAUUUGCUAUUAAAACAAAACAAAACCUUCCUCUCCCUGAGACAAAGAAACAGGCCACUUCCAUAAAACUUUCAAAUCUAAGGGGUUAUAGAAAGAUAUUCUUUGUGAUCAGUGGACUUUGUAAUCAAAGGUCAGGUGGAAAUGAUGUCUUGAGGCCUCAAGGUAUUCUCAAAUUGCAGGUGGGUGAAAGAAGAGAAGGGGAAAGAGUUCUCCAAAGAGCUAUGCAGGGGGUCUCAAGGAGGUGGGAGGAUGAGAGGUGGCUUCUCACUGGCUCUCCAAGGCAAUACAGAGAGAUCUGCUGUCUCAGCUCAGCUAUUGGGGGGGGGGUGGGAUGGGGGAGUGGGGUGACAGUUCAAAACUUCAUUUAGGAUUUCUGACAAGUAUCUGCUUUUAAUGUAAAAAGAUCCUAGCUCGCAUGAUGCACAUUAGAAAUGUUUCCAGGUUUGUUGUUUUUUUAAUUCCUAGGCUGAAUUCAAGGGUGGCAGGCUUUGUAUGGAGAUGGGGAAGAGGGUCAGCCUAUUCAGUUUAUGAUGUGAAACCUGUCAUACACAAGAGCUGGCUGAGCUGAGCCUUAUCCCAAUUUUAGAAGCCAGGAGAGAUCUUCCUGAGAACUUAGGGAUUUAAGAGAAAAGCAUGAAAUUGAGUAGGUAAGGGGAAAACAAAUCAUUAAAGUACCCUAAGGAA